GAUCACUUCAUGAGAUAAUUAGCUUAGCGGCGAGCCAAUACAAAAUAACUUCACUUCUUGACAAAGUGCAUGCUUCAGACUAAUCUCGAUGCGAUUUUAAGAAUCUUGCAAGUUUUGGCUACCAACAGGAAUCCGCAAGUGACCUCUUAACAUAAAUACCCGUUUUCUUCCUUCCUCGGAACAGAAAUCAAGUAAAGCCAAGAAGGAAAGCAUCAAGUGGAGGUGGCGUUAGAUUUAAGACUUGAGAGAGAUACAAGUUUGCAAACGUCAUGGAUGCAACAAGGGUUCGCCUUACCUUAGCUUUUAUUUGGAUGUUACUAGGUAGGUAUUUAUUACUCGUUUUCGUUCUACUGUAACUUCAAAUUAACCACAAUUUGCCUUUGCUCAGGGUAUUGUUGGUCAACACAGCUGCUACAGAUCUGCAAAAUGUUGCGUCUUAAAUAGGAAUCUAAGGCCUUGCUCUGUUUUUUCUGUAUGUACUAUAUAUAGUGCUGUCAAGAUGCGAAGCUAGUAAAGACAAUUGCCUUAACAUCGUUCAGUACAUAUACCACAGCCUUGGAUUACGAAGCCGUGCACAAGGUGCCCCGAAUAUAGCGGGAGAGUGGACCUCAUCGAGGUAGGAAUGCAUAAAUAUAGUUUGAUAGAGUCACACUGAUUAUUUCAAGGAAAUACUACAGUGCGUGUUGUAAUCCCGAGGAUUAAUAAACGUUUCAACAACAUAAUCCCCUGAUAAGGGGCGGCAAUAUACUCAGCGAAACGUAUUUAAGUUAUCCGUUGCUUUCGCCUGUGGUAAACAUUCGAACUUAAUUAUUGUUUAUUACGGUUGGUGACUUGGAGCGUGGAGGGGGGAGGAGAUAAGGCAAAUUAACUUCAGAGACGAGCGUCUACCUGACUGGAGGCGUUUAUAAUUGCUUCGAUUCUCACAAUUGGUUCACUGAGACAGAAAAUUCCUGUCAUUUUGACAGCAACAUAACUGAGUUUGUAAAAACCCAAAACUAGAAGCAUCUCACAGUUUAUUAACCGAUUGUCUUUCAACAUCUCUUCCUCGGGGAGUUAUCAAGUUAAUUGAUUAAUAUGUGUGUAAAUGAACAUCAUAUGCACUAGUAACGGUGCACUUAAAUGAUCUUCACUCUUGACGUUGUUUAUUGGUGGCCAAAUGGCUUCGACAGUUUCAAGCGCCAUUACUUUGUGCUCUUUUAUUCAUCAUUGGUAAUGUGGGUAUCUUGGAAUGCUAACAACGGAAACUCUUUCAUUUUUGUUGAAAAUUAGGGCGAGGUCCACUUGAAGCCAGUUCAUAUUUUACAAAGUAUGGUAGUAUAAUGCCAAUUUUUUCAUACCUCACAGAAAUUUAAUUUGUUUUUUAUUUCAAGAUAGGCUAGGCAUUUAUUCCGUCAUUGUACAAUUUACCGUGUGAAUUUUAUUAGCUACAAAACAAUUUUAAGUGGAAUGCAACGAAGGCUUUGUUUUGUUUUAAACUCAAUCCAAAAUAGAAUCAGAUCAAAGGUCAAAACAUGUCACUUUCCAUGAGCUUAAUGGACUGGAUUUUUUUUUUUCUUUUCUUUCCCUGGGUUAUCGCAAAGGCGAGAUUUAGUCGAAACAAUAUUAAUGCGACAAGUAAUAAUUAUUGGAAACUUCACGUCUCGAUCAUUGUGAUCCUAUGAAAGACAAUUACACGCACGAACAAAUUACGCUAGGACCUUGUGCAGAACAAAAGAUAUCUUCUCUUGCGUGGUCAAUAGUACCAAUGCGACAACAUUUGAUAAAUACUCUUAGAAGAAAGCAGAUUUUUCUCCAAAUAUGUUAUGUGAUUUAAGAACCCCAUCGUUGUCCUUCAGCCAUUCAUUUACUUCCAUAUUGUAUUAAACAGGACCCAUGCUACGCACGUGACCCACACUAAAUUUCCUGUCAUUAUCUUUCGGGGCCAAGAGCUCAAAUUUGUGUUGGCAGCUGGCCCAGUAAUUCAUACUAACCUUUUUGUUGUAUCUAAACACAUAUCUUUAAAAAGAGUAAAUUUCCUGUUUAAGCCAAAGCCCGAAACCUGGCUAAACGAGCCUGUAAGUGAUAUUGAUGUUGUUUUGAGUUGUGUUUAUGUCUAAUAAAAGCUCAUUAUAAAAGCGGACACCCCGUGAGGCCAUGAUGUCUUACGGUUACUUUCUCUCAAGUGCUUUAUUGAAAUUUUUGAUUCAGUUAUUCCAACUAAAUCACCAACAAGGUUUAAGAUGUCUUUCCAAGACAACAAUGGGAGGCUUUAGAUAACUAUCCGCGACGAACUCAGGAACAUAUAGAUAACCGAGAAACUUUAAUGUGUAAAUUGUCUCUACUUAAGAUAAGGUCUCAGGCAAUAAAGCUCUUAAGCGUUUUAAGAUAUUAAAACGCAAAAUACGAUAUUGACACUCUUGUAGCCUUUUUGUAGCCAGACUCAUGACAUCGAUAUCCAAGCGUUGCACGAUGUGCCUGAAGAACUGAAAUAACGACUGCUAAACGUUCUGCCAAAAAGAGGUGUAGAAGAAAAAAAUCUUCUCCAUUAGAAUUACUUUCGUUUUAAGAAUUUCCGUGUAAGAGUUGUUCAUCACAACACGAUAUUUUUCAGAUAAGAAAGAAUGCUUCAUUCUAUUCUAAAUAAGUGAUUAGGAUAAGCUCUAAAUUUCAUUAAACCAUGCGAAUAACGACCAGGGUGUCUGGAUCACGCAGCGCACACGGUACUAUACAAGUGUAUUUGAGAUUUUUCCAUGUUGGCUGAUUGAUAGAGUCGGAUAGGUUUACGGGUUGCAUUUUUCUCUAUGGCAAGACAUUGCAUCCAUUGCUAUUGCCAAGUUAUUAAAAACUGGUAAAUCCUACUUUCGUGAUCGCAAUUGAACGUGUACAGACUUGUUCCCGAAAAUACCUCCAAAGCACCCCUAAAUUUCAACGGAAGUUUUUUUUUUGUAGUACAAGAGUUUUUUUUAUUCAAUUUCGACUAGCUUUGCUUCAUCUGUAAAACACAUCUCUUGAAGCAGUGAAAGAGUCUUCAAGCCCCUUUAGGAACUGAUUGUAAACCAUACUUCAAACAUUCAAGUACCGCUAAAUGAGUCUCAGUGUAGAAUUGAUGGAUAGCCACUCUUUCGUUCCUUUACCUCUCUAAAAUCAUCAUCUCAAAAUUAAUUCAAAGAAGUGCGAGGAAUAUGGUCUAUGACACAAGCGUGUUGAUAUUAUAUGACCGCAUAAAUCGUUCUUACUGUGGUUGAAGCUUUUGGCUCUAAAUGGAGAUAAGUAAACUCUGAUAUUAUCAGCUAGCAUUUUGUCAUUGUUUUCUUGAGUAGGAUAAAUGACUGAGCCGGCUUGGUUGGAACACAGGCAAGACUUCUACUGACUUGUGAUUAUUAUCAAUUUUGCGGAUUCGAGUUAAAUCGUGUUACAAUUUUUAUUUCCGCUAAUAGCUCACUCCCACACAAGGGGUCGGGUUUUUAGAAAAAUAGAAUAUCAUGGGUGAGAUUUUUAAUUUGAAGAAAACCUCAUUACAAUUUUAUACUUUAGACCACGCAAGAUUGUCAGCUACUUUUAUUUGAACUAUAAUCUAGUAUCCUAUUACUAUGUGUCCCUAUCUCGAAGAUAAAAAAUGAUUGAGCCGAAGAACACUGUGGUUCAAGCCAUUUGAACCAUAUGGUCACAUAUACCGAUUGGUAGCUGAUUUUUGCAACUAUCAAAGAACUAAUUUUUGGCGAAUAAGCUAAUAUUGACGUGUUGAUCCAGGAAAGUGGAUAUAUAGCCUUUUCUUAACGCAGCGUAACUGUAAUUUAAGCGACAUGUUGGUAAUUUGUUGGUUAUUUCUGUUUUACUUUAAGCUGUGAGGUAAGACCUGGUCCACAGUUUUUUACACGGUAUAUCAAGAUCUUACGGAACUCCACGUGGGAAGGUUAUUUCCAUCGCUAUAACGACUCACAAUGUUCCGAACCCAAGUUAAGUCUCUACAUGAGAGGAUUUUACAAGGUAAUGGACGAACCUUUGGAAACCAUAAAGGGCAGUAACAAGGCAUUCUUCAACUUCUCAACGAUACAGCUCUACCCGCACAACGGCUACGAGCAGGAGAUGGUUAUCAAUACGUCAGCCGGGCAUUGUCCGAAUACGCUGGAGGUUGUGAGAAGCCUAGACUCUACUGAUGUUUUUGAAGUAGAUAAUAGAGCAUUUAGACGACGAGCUUGUAGGAACGCAUUUGGAUUCUUGGAAUCGGAAUUUUCUGGAUUAAAGCUCGAAACUCGGAGAAAGAAAAGCUCUAAAUAUGAUAAGCUGUAUUUUGGUGAGGUCCCCACCACAAGAGUUUCUAGAAAGUACAAGCCCAAUUCUUACCAGCUCCCACUGAUUAGGUACAAUUCUCAUAAUUGUACCAAAUGUAUAAAAAUUCGAUUGGGCACUGGAGCGCGUCCACCAAAGUUUGUUUGGAAACCACCUCGUCUUGGGUUAUUAGAAGGAGAGUGGGCAAGCACAACUUGUGAGGCAAUCCCAGGAGGCGUAUUCUUGACGCGUCACUUCAAAUUCACUAACAGUCAAAGUUCACGUAAAUGGGAAUGUAAUUAUUAUUUCUAUGUGGAUUCAGAAUGCAAAAAGCGUGACUUUGAACUGAAUGGGAAAGGACACUUUUCGUAUGCAAUACCUUCCAAAGCGGUAAAUGGGGCUUCUGAAUACGUGUUCACCAUGACAGAGGCAGCCAUUAGGCCAUUGGAUAAGAUCACUACGCGAAUGUUGAACACCGCUACACCUAAUACAUGUGGCAAAACUGGAACUUGGAAGACAAACGUCAAGCAAGACAUCACACAAACUCAAGGUUGUAAAUUGUACGGCAUUUCACUCCCGAACACCGAGUACGAUCUCCUGAAGAUGGACACUGAUCAUCGAGACAAUAGACUUCUUUAUGUGGGACAACGAGCUAGUGAUGGUUCCGACCCCUCUACUCCCUCGAGGAGAGCAACGUCAUUCCAAGUACCACUUAUCGAAUGCACAUCGUACAAAUUUAAAUUUGUACCUCCUACAACUCGCCCAACAACUCGUCCAACCACCCGAAUUGGCAUUGUGUUCUCUAUUGGGACGUUGCCAACCAAGAGAAAGGAAAGUACCACCAGAAGGCGAACUGAUCGCGAUCCUGGCCGUCAAACAACCCACAACAGAAGUGGAAAUGGUUCUGAUGUAAACACGGAGAAUGUUGAAUACCUUUACCGAAACAGUGCAGUCAGCUUGUUAAGUAAACUUUUAUUGGUGCUAAGCACAGUCGUCGUUAGCAUUUUGACGAAUUAAAUUUUUCAUAAAUAAUGAGAUGCUACGCGAAACAUGUAACAAAACUCCUUUUGAACUGUAAAAGAAAACAAUUGCGCAGUUUGAGCGCGGUCAAAGGGUGGUGUAUUUCAUAGAUUAAGACUGUUCCUUUUCAAAAAUGACUUUUUCGUUAUUGUUAGAUGGAACCUCUGACAAUCUUAGUAUAGUGUCGCCUUUUGGAUGAAGUGCUCGAAACAGUACUUAAACAAAUGUACAGAGGGAAAGACUGGCAAAAUGAGUUGGGGAGUUCUAGAAGUAAAGGUGGCAGAGGGUAGCGUAAAAACUUCUUUAAGCAUCGUUCCCUGAGUGAAUUUGUUGAUGAGGAAAUACGAAAACUAAUCGCUGAAGUUGAUUUUGCCAGACUCGAGGAAACAUUUUUCUGAAGACUUCAAAAAGGACGGUCUAAAUUUUUUUAUGAAAUCAAAAUAUUCUUGGAUUAUUUCUGGUGUAUAAUUUCCCAACUGGGAUAUGUUACAAGCUCUGAUUAAUAACAAAACUCUAUCGCUUUUUGUUAGUCGAAAGAUUAACUAGCUUUUCGGGUGUUCGCCGAACAUUCCAAAAGGGUUCUUACAACAGUAAACCGGUCUAUUGAUUGAUAAAUAUUUUUUCAGAAGCUAACAUUGUGGGCAAUAUUCUGGGUUAAGACAAUGGGAUAAAUCGUAUGUAUAAGGACCGAUUUGGGCGUUUCAACUUCGCAGUAUUCCCUGUGCGAAUAAGGAGAAUUUUUACCUUUAGAGAGCAACGAAACUUAAACUUCCAAAGAGUGUUUUAGUUAAGUUUUGUCAGUUUAAUUUUGCAAGUAACGUUGGAAAAACGAAUGAAUUGAAUCAAAGUUUUGUAGAUAAAAUAAAUUUUCAUUAAAACUGCACAGGAGUAUUGGAAAACGUUGUGUUCCAUUUCAUAAGUAUUGCUAUAACUUAGGUCAUCUUCCGGAAAGAACGGUUGCCGGUAAAGAGUUAAACGUUUCCAAAAACUUAAACAGAAGUCAUCAACAGAGUGAAGUCACUCAUCAACAGUUUGUUUAGUAAAUGAACUUAAGUCAAUUUACAAUGGGUUUACUUUCCAUUGCAUUACACUUCAAAACUCCUAGCUUUUAUUUUUUUCUCAUUAGGCUUGUAUUACAUUGUUCGGAAAAAGUCUACCUAUUUUUUGCAACAGAAAUCACAGGAGUUGUCUUUUGCCUAAAUAUAGACGAGUCAGUCUUUUUCUGGAUGUUCUUACGUAUUAUGGUUAGCUUGUCGGAGGCUUCAGCACAAUAUAAGUUAAUUAUCAUCACGUUGGUACUAAUAUCUAGUUAGAAAGAACCGAAAUAUAUCUUAAAUGAUAUUUUCAGAAAAGAUUUAGUUGGUUGCACAUAUAUUUGAGGUUAAUCCCUUUUUAGGAUUACCGGCGAGGUUAGAGUAGGAGCCACGAGCGGCACUAAUGAUCCCAGCCACAGGAAACAGUGCAGACUAUUAACUAGGAAAUGCAAAGGGAGAGGUUAAGCCAGGCGAUACCCCGGAAUACUAAUAUCGUGUUGCAAGAAAAUUCUUCAGUUAAUUAAAUAGAGGUAUUUUGAAUAACUUUGAGUGUUAAGAAUGCAUAUUGACAUUUGAUUCACACGCAGCUACACCAGCUACACGGC